AUGCCCUUGCGUCUCGCCCCCCUCCUCCUCGCGCUCGCCGCCGUCUCUGCCCAGGCGGAGAAGGCUGACCGGCUCAAGCCGAUGACCCUGUCGUCGGACAAGGGCGGAUCGGUCGACGGCGUCAACCAGGUCCGCGAACUGGUCGGCAACGUCAUCAUCACGCAGGGCAGCAUGAACCUGCGUGCCGAGAAGGUGGCCGUGCGCGAGACGACCGACGGCUAUGUCCAGGCCUUCGCCAACGGCGCCGCCGGCAAGGCGGUCAGCUUCCGCCAGGGCCGCGACACGCCGGGCGAGGCCGUCGAAGGCCAUGCCGACCAGCUUGAAUACGACACGCGCACGGAGACGGUGCGCUUCAUCGGCAAUGCCAGCGUGCGCCGCACGCGCGGCGCGGCCGUCGCCGAAGAGGUGACGGGCGCCGUCAUCGUCUACAACAGCCGCACCGAGCCCCUUCGAGCGUGUGCUCGUGGUCUGGCAGCAGCGCCUGAUGGCGAACGCCGACAACGGCAGCCCGCGCAACGUCAUGGCGCGCGCCGCGCUCGUGCUGCACGGCCCGCAGCACUGGCUGAAGCAGACACUGGGCAUCAGCGCGCUGCUGCUGCUGGCACUCGUGGCCUUCCUCGGCGCCUGGCUGGUCUACGGGCCCGCGUCAUCUCGAUAAAACGCGGAGAGAAGCUAGGGAUUGCCGACAGUUCGCACCUUGGCGUGUGCACAAAGCCACGUCGGCAUGAGCUCAUGACGGAAGCCGCGGCCAACCCGGAGCGCAGCGCCGGCCUCAUCGUCGCGUCGCUGAACCGGCGCGGUGCCAACGCCGAGGCCAUCCCCGUCGCGCCGCGCCAGAAGGACGUGGACUGGCAGGCCAACCUGAACAACCCGGCGUUGAUCGCCAAGGUCGCGUCUUCCAAGGCGGUGUUCUUCUCGGGCGGUGCGCAGGAGUACAUCGUCGACACGCUGCAGCCCGGCGGCGAGCCGACGGCCAUGCUCAAGGCCAUCCGCCAGGUGUUCGACGACGGCGGCGUCGUGGCCGGCACCAGCGCGGGCGCGGCCAUCAUGAGCCGCAUCAUGUUCCGCGACGCGCCGGACAACAUGCAGAUCCUCAAGGGCCAGUGGCGCGACAAGCGCGAGUACGACCAGGGCCUGGGCUUCGUCACGCCCGGCCUGUUCGUGGACCAGCAUUUCCUCAAGCGCGGGCGCAUCGGCCGCAUGCUGCCGGCCAUGCGGGCGCUGGGCUACAAACUGGGCCUGGGCAUCGAGGAGAACACGGCGGCCGUCAUCAAGGGCGACGACGUCGAGAUCGUCGGCGGCCGCGGCGCGAUGCUGGUGGACCUGUCCGAGGCCACAUCGGACGCGAGGCUGCCGGCCUUCAACCUGCGCGGCGCCGUCAUCAGUUACCUGGACCGCGGCGACAAGCACGACCUCAAGACCGGCGUCACCACACCCGCCGCUCACAAGCUGCGCGACCAGAAGAUCGACCCGGCCUCUGCCGACUACCGGCCCUACCUGCAGUACGACCACUACUUCCUCGACAUCCUGGCCGACAACAUGAUCGUCACCGCGAUGUCGCAGCUGCUGGACGGCCGCUCGCCCGAGGUGCGCGGCCUCGCCUACCGCGUGCGGCCGCGGCCCGGGGACCUGUCGCCCGAGCUGGGCUUCGAGUUCCGCCUCUACAAGGGCCCCGGCACCAUCGGCUGGUUCAGCAACGCGCUGGGCGGCGACGACUACACGGUGCUGAAGGUGCGGCUGGACGUGACGCCGUGGCAGGUGGCCGGGCUGCCGGUCGCAAACAUCGGCGACAUGGCCAUGUCGCCUGACCGCCGCACGAUCUACGUCAGCUCCGGCACUUCGACGCUGCUGGCCGUCGACCCGGACACGAUGCAGGUCCGCAACACCCACACGGCACCGGCGUGGUCGAUGGACAGCUCGCUGUCCACCGGCAUGGGCCGCACGCGCGGCCUGCCGGUCACGGCCAACCUGCGCAUCUGGUUCAGCGGCAGCCAGUGGAGUUCCCUGCGCUACUUCGACAUGCUCAGCAGCAGUUUCGGCGUGCUGCAGGCCGGCACCAUGUUCGGGAACUUCUACUCGCCGUCGUUCUACGCCUCCGGUGACGGCUCGACGAUGCUGGUCGGCCAGGGCUCGCUCUCGCCGCCGCUGCCGGGUUACAUCUACUCGCUGGCGACAGACGCCGUCGUCACAACGCCCAACGUGCCGCUGGUCUACCAGCAAGCCGUCUACAACGAGGACGGCAGCCGCGUGCUCGUCGACAGCACGGCGCUCUACAAGGCCGCAGAUUUCACGCUGAUCGGAUCGCUGCCCACCACCUACGGCAUCGGCACCACGGCGCUGCUGUCACCAGACGGAAAACGUGCGUAUCGCAUGAUCACCGCCAAUCCCAACUCGCUGCUCGUGGACCACAUCGACGUCUACGACACGACGCAGGUCAACCCGGGAUCGUCGGAGUUCAUCAAGCUCGGCGAGAUCGCCUUGUCCGGCCAGGGCGCCGGUUGCGGCAACGAGUCCAUGUGCGACCCGGCGGGUUCAUUCAUCAUCAGCCCGCUCGGCGACACGCUGUUCUGGGUCGGCAACAAGGCGCUCGUCGUCAUUCCCAUCCCGAGCGCAAUGGCCAGCCUGCAAUCCACCAGCCCGCGUCUGCGGCCGGCCGCUACGCGCUGA